ACAGGUUACAGGACCAGAAACUGAAGAUCACUUUCUUUUUGAAGACUGCAUUACUACCUUGAUACAAUGCACCCUUCUAUGCUAUUGGUGGUAUGGAUAGGAUGUCUGCUUCUUGGUGUUAGCUCUCUGGAGGCUCCCUCAGCCAGCUCAAACCCACCACAAACAAUGAACUCCGAACAAGCCCAUCGCAUUGUACAACUGGACACCAACCAAAUUGGUGAAUCUGCCAACUUAUCAGAUGACGAUGUUGGAAACCAGUCAUUUCCACCAAGACCACCGUUAUCUCCACCGUGCGUCACUCGGUCGAAAAUCAGACAUGCCUUCAAAUAUGUCACCACUAUUCUCUCGUUUGUCAUAUUUCUUGUCGGGAUUGUAGGAAAUACUACGCUUCUCAAAAUAAUAUACAAGAAUAAAUGCAUGAGAAAUGGACCUAAUGUUCUGAUCGCCAGCUUGGCUUUGGGCGACCUGUUCUACAUUAUUAUUGCAAUUCCUAUCAAUAUUUACAAGGUAUCUUGAUAUAACUUCAUGUUAACUAUAUAUCUUUUUGUUUAGAAGUAGUGUAUAUUAACAUUAUAGUGGAUUGUAUAUUCUUCGGGGGAAAAACAAGGUGAAUUGGAAGAAUGGGGGAGGGGGGAAGGGGAUUAAAAGUUCUUCAUUUCCAUGAUUUAUGCCCUAAUAUGCAAGUUGUCUGUACUUCAAGCUGAAUUUCAAAUUUAAGAGCAAAAUAAAUUAUAAAUAAAAAUAUAAUCAUUAUAGAUAAUAGCACACACAUAAAUUUACUCUUAUUGUGUGAAUUUUAGCCUCAUGUGCUAAAUUUUAAUUUAAAGGGACAACUAUAGUCACCCAGACCACUUCAGCUCAAUGAAGUGGUCUGGGUGUCAGGUCCCUCUAGGGUUAACCCUGCCUGAUGUAAACAGUUUACAUCUGGGGUUAAGCCAGCCUCUAGUGGCUGUCUUCGGGACAGCCACUAGAGGCGCAUCGGCAAUGAUUGAGGCGCAUUUGACGCCGGUGACGUCAGACAAGGAUGCUGACGUUGGCGGGGGAGGAGAGGUAAGGGAGCCCGGUGUGGGAAAAGGGUGAGUAGCUGAAGGGGUUUUAACCCCUUCAGUGCCGCGGGAGGGGGACCCUGAGGGUGGGGGCACCCUCAGGGUACUAUAGUGUCAGGAAAACCAAGCGGUUUUCCUGACACUAUAGUGUCCCUUUAAUGGACUGGACUUGCUAGCGGGGCAUUGAACUUGUUGAAAAGGGCCAUGGGAAUAGGCUUGUUUAAGUAACUUUUCUAAUUUUGCCAGGAUAACAUAUACCACAUGUACACUGAUAAGAGAGAGAGAGUGAAAAAACAAGGGUACAUUACUUAAAUAGCUAAUUUUGGCCAUAUCUAAAAGUCUGAGCUAAAACUUUUUUUUUGUUUUUUUUUGCAAUCCGCUUAAAGGAGAAUUGCCUAUUCACAAAUGAUCAAUUGUAGGUUUUGAGAAAUGUCAAUAGUACAACAUAAGUAUCACCUGUAAAUUUUCAAUCUCUGUAUUUUUCUCUGCAGUUACUGGCUGGAAACUGGCCAUUUGGAGAACAUGUCUGCAAGUUGGUCCCAUUUAUACAAAAAGCAUCUGUUGGUGUCACAGUACUAAGUCUUUGCGCACUGAGUAUAGACAGGUAACGUUUUAUUUUUGGUUUUCUCAAAUAGUUACACAUUUUACAAGCAUAUGAAUGGCUGAAUUAGAAUUUCUCUGUCAUUUACUUCUGUCAUUGGUAUCCAAUAAAAAAACAAGAUAUUUACAGCUAGUGAUUAUAGUAGAAUAAAAAAAAAAAAAAAAAAAUAGAUGUUUUUUAAGCUGUAUAGUUGAAGUAAAAUUUUAAAACGAAUCCAAGAAGCAUAUGUAUUGUACUCGUCCAUGCUAAAGCUUGCAUGUAAUUGCCAUAAGCAAUACUAAAUGUGUAUUCAUGAAUAGAUCUAUUGUAAUAGGGAGACCAUUUUCUUAGAAGCAGAUAAAGUCCAAUAUUAAUAGUACCAUUUCAGGAUAUCUGGUGGAAACUCUAGAGCAGGGGUAGGCAACCGUCGGCACUCCAGAUGUUGUGGACUACAUCUCCCACACCGCUCUUACAGCCAUAAGGCUGGUAAAGCAUCAUGGGAGGUGUAGUCCAAAACAUCUGCAGUGCCGAAGGUUGCCUAUCCCUGCUCUAGAGCAUUUAGAAUACACCAGACGGAUUUGCAACUCUAACUCUAGGGUAGGGAUAAAAAAAUAAAUUAUAUACGGUAUAUAUGUAUAUCCUUGUUUGGAAUUAUAACUUACAUAAUGCUUUGCCAGCCUUUCUAGCAUUUUAGUAGCCAUAGUUCUUCCACAGUCCUAGUAUUUAGUCAGAGCGAAUGGCAGUGACUAUUUUCUUUGUUAUAUUUUAUACUUUGAUAUCAACCCACUUUAAGAUUAGCUUAUGAGCAUGGUCAUGUGAGAAAGUACUGUAACGUGGAUCUUUUUGGACGUUUUAUUAGGUACAGAGCUGUGGCAUCCUGGAAUCGUAUUCAGGGUAUUGGAAUCCCAGUAUGGAAGGCUAUUGAGUUAACUCUGAUUUGGGCUGUAGCCAUCACUCUUGCUGUUCCAGAAGCCAUUGCCUUUAACCUGGUCAAACUAGAGGACAGAGAACAAGUCAUGUGGGUCUGCAUGAUGCCUUUAAAGCAGUCGUCUUACUUUAUGACGGUAAAUUAUAUUACAGAGUUAUACUAAUUGUAAAACUACACUCUAACACACUAAAAGCACACUAGGAUGGUGUGCUUUUUAGAGUAGUUUUUAAUUCAGUAUAUACAAGUAGCUAUGACAUGCAUUAUUUUAUAAUAAUAGCCUCACACCAUAACAAAAGUCUACACAAAAAAAGGCCAAAAGAACACGUUGAGACUAUUUAAGACCACUUCCUUUGCAUCACAAGUAGGGAGUAAAUAUUAAGAUCCCCAUUAUUGCAGGAAAGUAAUCAUGGCUCUCUUCUCCAAAAAAGUACACUGGGUAAGGGAUAAAGCAAAACAAAAACAUAAAAAAAGAAAAAAAAAUGGAUUCAAGGACACUAGAAAAUGAUAUUAAGUUUAAAUGUCUAUAUGUUUCCGCACUGUUAUACAUACACAAUCAGUGGUUCCUUUGUUAAGUAUACCAGUUCUUUAGUGCACAUAGGCAAACCGUAAAUCAUAUGUCUGCAACUCAGUACAUAAAGCAUACAUCAACAAGAUGGAUAGUUAUUGACCAAACAUGAAUCUGAGGAUGAUGAUGAUUUGUCAUCUAAGCCAGUAUUUCCAAUCCCAAUCCUCCAGGUACAGCAACAGUCUAAGAUUUAGGCAUUCAAAAGUUCUGUUCUUACGGGGGUAAUGAUAAGGUCGUGGCCAUUGGUAUACCUUAAAAAGAGUAGGGUGGCAAUAUAUGUGGGUUCAACAACGUGCUUGUUGGUGACAAAUGAGUGGUUCAAGCAUCUUGGAAAUGAGCUCCAGGGAUAUUCACGUGUUACAAUAUUUAGAUGUUUCAGACUAUGGUAAACAGUGAGUAGAUGUUUUGUGGACAAAGUCACAUUGUCAACGAGAGAGAGGUCAAAGGCCAGACAGUAUAGUCACUAGAUCUCAUUCACACAGAGACUGACUUUGGGAGCAUGACUGCAGAAACUUUGUGAGAUUCUUCUAAGUCAACGUGGAAUUUUUACACCACCUUGCUCAUUGCGUGCAAAUAACUCUGGCUUUGCAAAAGGCACAGUGUCUUCCUGUAACUAGGUAGGAGUGUAUAAAAAUUGGCCACUUAGUAGACAGCAUAGCUUUCAGUGCGUACUAAAAGCGGGUAGUGGGGAGGCAGCCUGCCCCGGGUGCCACUCACUAGGGGGUGCCAUCAGGGGCGUACUCUGUGUUUGGCUCCCCCCCCCCCUUAAAAAAUGUAAAACAAAAAAACCCCACAAAUUUGUUUUCAUAGUUUUUAAGAAUAUUUAUUGCACAUACAAAUUGUGCACCCACCCUACACAUCAAAUUCAUACCCACCCUUCAUAUAAAAACCCUGCACCCCUCAUCACAAAGUUCAUACUCCCCCCCACACACAUAAAAACCCUUCACCCACUUCACAAAGUUCAUACAGCCCCUACACAUAAAAAUUUUGUGUUGGGAGGGCACAAUUUUUAUGUGCAAUAAAUAUUUUUGAAAACAUUGAAAAAAAAUGUGUGGGUGUUUUGCUUUUUUGUACAUUUUUUUUAAGGGGGAAGGGAGGGAGGGGUGCAAAACACAGGGUCCGCCCCGGGUGCCAAAUGCUCUAGGUACGCCCCUGAUAGCUAUCUUAUGUUUGCCAAAAAGAAAGGACAAUGUUAGGUACAUGAUAAUAUGUGAUAUAUCCUUUUAUGUAACAUCUCUCCCUCUCUCUAUUUCUAUCUAUCAGUUAUAUCAAGAAGUGAAGGUAUGGUGGCUGUUUGGGUUUUACUUUUGCCUGCCCCUGGCCUGCACAGGAGUAUUCUACACCAUGAUGUCUUGUGAGAUGCUGAGUAUGAAAAACGGCAUGCGGAUUGCCCUGAAUGACCACAUGAAACAGGUAUGAACUCAGACAUAUUGGGAGAACAGAGAGGAUCUUAGUCAGAGCUUAAUUCAUAUAAUCAGGAGGAAAAAAAUGAUAGUAUGCCUUCUCUUGUAAAGACUGUUUUCGGUCACGUGGUAAUAUUUGCCAUAUUGGGUGAACAGAGAGAACCUUGUUGUGGAUUUAGUUACCAUUCAUAUAAUGAUGAAAAAAGUGGCAUGACAAUACCAUUUCCUUUAUUUUACCCACUGUAAUAAAUACUGAAACUUCUGAAAGAUCUGGUUUGCUCAGAAAAAAAGGGUUGGCUAUAUGAAUAGCUUGGAGGAAAGACGAGACAGGAGGAUAUGAUAGAAACAUUUAAAUAUAUAAAGGGAAUCAACACAGUAAAGGAGGAGACUAUAUUUAAAAGAAGAAAAACUACCACAACAAGAGGACAUAGUCUUAAAUUAGAGGGACAAAGGUUUAAAAAUAAUAUCAGGAAGUAUUACUUUACUGAGAGGGUAGUGGAUGCAUGGAAUAGCCUUCCAGCUGAAGUGGUAGAGGUUAACACAGUAAAGGAGUUUAAGCAUGCAUGGGAUAGGCAUAAGGCUAUCCUAACUAUAAGAUAAGACUAGGGACUAUGAAAGUAUUGAGAAAAUUGGGCAGACUAGAUGGGCCAAAUGGUUCUUAUCUGCCGUCACAUUCUAUGUUUUUAUGUACCAUCAUUCAUGUUUGUAGGGGGUGGAGGGGAAGAAAUAUAUAUAUAUAAUUCUUUUUUUUUGUGUGUGUUUUAUUUAUAUGUAUAUAUAUAUAUAUAUACAUAUAAAUAAAACACACACAAAAAAAAAAAAAAAAAAGAAUUUUUCAUACGAAGCCUUUUAACUUGUCCACUCUAAUUUCAGCGAAGGGAAGUUGCAAAGACUGUUUUCUGUCUGGUGGUAAUAUUCGCCCUCUGCUGGCUUCCCCUUCACGUGAGCAGCAUAUUGAAAAAAACCGUGUAUGAUGGCACCGAUCCAAACAGAUGUGAACUACUUAGGUAAGAACAAGGCCAAUGUGUAACAAACACAAAACAAUGGGUGGGGAAGUGACAAAUGUCGUUCAAGAGAUCCCCUUUAUAUCAGAGCAGUAGCUCUUUCAAAAAUAUUUAGAAAGAUUUUUUUAUUUUUUUUCGAAGACACACUUCGCACGUACAUUACAAGAUCUACCCAUCAUUUUAACAGGCACAUCAUGUUUUUUAAAAUAUCGUACCAUGUUAAUACACACCAGGUGACAUACUGUGCAUUAAACACAACCAUUCAUGGUGGGACUUACAUUGUUCAGCACAGGAUCCUUGUCUCAGGGAAGCAUAGACUACAGGUCCUUUACUGGUUAUAUAUCAAUUAUAUUUAUUAUAUUUGUAACUGAUGGAAACUCUACUAUAUUCCAGAAAAAAAAAAAAAGAGUGUGAUUCCCCCAUAGGGAAGCAUUGGGAGGCUAGUGCACAUGUGCUGCAAAUCGCUACUCUGUGCCAAUCAAAUGCUCUCUAAGAGCAGCAGGAGAACCAAGUCUGACUCUGUACCCACAGGAAGACAGCCAUUAGAUGUGUGUUUAAACCUGCAAUGGAAACACUGCAGGGUUAAAACUAAAUUGAGAAGACUUGGUCUUGAUGCCUUUAGUGUUUCUUUAAAGGACCACUAUAGUGCCAGGAAAACAUACUCGUUUUCCUGGCACUAUAGUGCCCUGAGGGUGCCCCCACCCUCAGGGACCCCCUCCCGCCCGGCUCUGGAAGGGGAAAGGGGUAAAAACUUACCUUUUUCCAGCGCUGGGCGGAGAGCUCUCCUCCUCCUCUCCGCCUCCGUUACGCCCCGCCGGCUGAAUGCGCACGCGCGGCAAGAGCUGCGCGCGCAUUCAGCCGGUCUCAUAGGAAAGCAUUUACAAUGCUUUCCUAUGGACGCUGGCGUGCUCUCACUGUAAUUUUCACAGUGAGAAGCACGCAAGCGCCUCUAGUGGCUGUCAAUGAGACAGCCACUAGAGGAUUAGGGGGAAGGCUUAACCCAUUCAUAAUUAUAGCAGUUUCUCUGAAACUGCUAUAAUUAUGAAAAAAUGGGUUAACCCUAGAAGGACCUGGCACCCAGACCACUUCAUUAAGCUGAAGUGGUCUGGGUGCCUAGAGUGGUCCUUUAAGGUCCGAAGGCACAGAUAGCAGCUUCUCCAAGGCAGUGUAACUCUCAUCAAUCCUAAACAGACCAAUGGAUGUCCAGUGUUGCCCUAAGAUUAGAAUUACCCUAUUCCUAAAAUAUUACAUAGGAUAAAAGAUACAUUCAGCUGAAACAUGUAACAUGUGAAAGUAAGGUCUUCUCAGUGCUCAGGAGACGUCCAUAAACCACUCACCUACAGUCAUAUAAAAACAUACUAAUUAAGAAAGCAUCCCAAUUUCAAAGAUUUAAGGGUAUGAAAAACAAUCUAGGACUACAUAUUCAGGAACUGUUUACAUUGUAAAUACCAGUUAGAAGUCACUAGUGCGUAUAUAUAAUUUACUGCUGUUUGAUGCAUGUCUACACCUCACGCUUUGGUUUAAUAGGACCUAAUUAGGGACUACUGUCCUGCCAUCCCAUUUCUGGUGACAGUAAUAUCACACCUUUAUCAAGCUAUUAGAUAUGUUCAUUUAAGACGAAGGUCUGAUUUUUCUAAGCACUUUCUCAGCCCUUGAUGAAUGACCGGGCCUACUUGGCUGGCUGCAUUGUAGCAGGACCUGAAAAUACUUUUAUAACAACCAACCAAUACCUCAAAACAAGUGUUUAAAUGUCAUAAAAAGUAACACAACAACCACUUCCCAUUACUUGAUGUGUGUAGGAAUUUAAUAAUUCCUCAUUAAUUAAGCCCACCAAGAUCUAAUAAACACUGGAACUGAGAUAUAAUGUAUAUAAGAUCUGGGAAGUCAAUUGAGAAGUAUCUUACAGAAACAACACAUUGCAACAUCUAUAUGGAAAAUUCCUAGAUUUUACUAUUAACAUGACGUAAAGUCAUGAUUUUAUUAAAGACACGGAGGCGAGUAUUAUGCUUCUCUUUCUUUAAUUCUCCCUCAGCAGCGAAGAGAGAUAUAUGCAAAAGAGAGAAAAAAGAACAAAUACCAUUAGCAUAUUGACAGUGCUAUCAUAGGUAUCCACCCCCUUAGUAUAUAAGGUGUAGAUAGAUCCGAAGACCAGAUCCAUAACCGAACUAUAAACUUGGCCCGAACAGGAACAGUGGCCGAUAGGUAAAUGUCCAAUCUUUGAGGUUAGACUGUAGCGCCUUGUAUUGGAACUUCGACACCUUGAUAGUAUAAUUCAGGCUAAAAAGAGAGGAGAAAAUAUGGUAACAUUUGGUCGGUAACUGGUUGUAUCAUGUAUCCCCACAUAGGUUAUAACUUAUUUACAGAAUUGUAGUCAUGUCAUCAAAACACAAGAUAUUUAGUUAAGAUUAUGUCUACUUGUAUCACAUAGCCACUUACCUGAGUGACGUAUGAAAAAACCUUCUAAUAGGGUAAUUUUUUCGUAGGGGCCCACCUGAUCUGUGGUCGAUAUCCGUGAGAAAUCCAGGGAGGGCGGGAGGGGAUAAUACUCGCCUCCGUGUCUUUAAUAAAAUCAUGACUUUACGUCAUGUUAAUAGUAAAAUCUAGAAAUUUUAUUAAAGACACGGAGGCUCCUAUUAUGCUCUUUCAAAGCUGAGCAAUAACUCUUUGUGAGAAAUGUUGGAUUGGUUUAAAAUAGAAAUUCCGGAAUGUGGAUUCCGUAGACCAGUCUGCGGCCUUCAGGAUGUCUUCUAAUCGACACCCUAUUGUCGAUGCUUUAGAAGCCAUAGCGCCUCUGACCGAGUGGGCCGAAAAGAUUGUAACAUCUAUCCCGGCCGAAGCUAAUAACCAUUUGGCCCAACGGGCGAGAGUAGGUGUAGCUACUGGGAGGUGCGGUUUCUUUAGUGAAAUAAACAAAGGGCCGUUAUUUGAUGGUCGUAGGGAAGAAGUACGGGAUUCGUAUUCUUUUAAGCACAGUAUUGGGCACAUAUUCGGUUGGUUUGGAAGGCGUGGAUAGAAGACUUGCUUAGUUGCCGAUUUUGUUCUCCGUGAAAUAUCAAAUGACACUCCUUCCGGAGUGAACGUGCGGGCUAGCCAGUCCAAGGCCCUUACAUCUGACACUCGUUUACAGGAUAAUAAACAUAAAAUCAUGAGUAAUUUUGCAGACAAUUGUUUAAUUGACAGUGCCGUGUUGUCGGGCCAUUCCUCCAGGAAUUUGAACACUAUGUUGACAUCCCAAAAGCAUCCGUAUCUGGAUUUAGGUGGACGUGAGAAACGUAUACCUUUGAGUAGGCGACAUACCAGGGGCUUCUGUCCGAAAGGAAUUCUGUCCACAGUAUCAUGACCCGCUGAGAUAGCAGAUCUGUAGCUGUUGACUGUACGGAAUGCCUUGCCCGAUUCGAACAAUUGAGUGAGGAAGUCUAGUACUGUCUUUACAGAAGCUGAUAUGGGAGCCACUGAUUUUUCCAGGCACCAAUCGGACCAAGCUCUCCAUGCCGUAGCAUAUGUGCGCCGUGUUCCUGGUGCCCAGACGUUCGCCAAGAGUUGGGUAGUUGUUCUCGAAACUUCCGUGAUUUCCCAGGAUCCCCGGAAAGGAGCCAUGCCAUGAGCCGGAGGAUUCCCCGUUCUAUCAGGUCGUGGUUCUUCCCAUCCGGGUUGGUUAACAGGGACGCUUGAUCCGGUAGUAACUGUGGGAAAUCGAUCGCCAUUUCCAGAAGGUGAGGGAACCAGGGUUGAGAUCUCCAGCAUGGUGUUAUCAAGACCAGCGUGGUUCUGUAGCGUCGAAUGUACGCCAGAGUCCAAUCAGGUUGAACGGGGGAAAGGCGUAUGCUUGUCCCCCGGUCCAGUCCUGAAGGAAAGCAUCUGUUGCCAAGGCCUCCGGGUCCGGUCGCCAGCUGAAAAAUUGAGGAAGUUGUGUGUUCAGUCUGGACGCAAAGAGAUCCAUACUCAAGGGACCCCAUAGUCGUGCGAUCUUGGAGAAAACUUUUGGUUGGAGUCUCCAGUCCCCUAAAUCCCUCAGGUAUCGGGAGUUCCAGUCCGCGGUGUAAUUGUCUAGGCCUGGUAUGUGUUCCGCGGUCCAGUCCCCUCUUAGAUUUCCAGCCGGUUUUGGCUAGAAACUGGGCUGAGGGUCCACUUCUGGGGUUUUUGCCACAGCAUCAGGUAUUAUGGGUCGGGGGCAUUCUGCUCUCAACUUAUUACGGCCCUCUUGAGAGAGGGACUUAGGUACCCUGAGGGCCAGGUAUCGGGCGAUGUGUUCAGAGGGUUCCCACUCCGCAGAGCGUGGGUGCCUUAAGUUGUCAGGGUCAAAUAGCGGAACAUCUUUAGGGUCGCGGGCUGCUUCUGCCCCGGGCGCCCCUGAAUGUGCAGAGGUACGUGUUGGCAUCAUGGGGAACUGUUUUCCCUGGAGGCUUUCACCCUCUGAGAGCUCGUCCUCGUAUGGGUCAGAGUACGGGACAUCUGACCCCUCAUUCCCCUCCUCGUCUGAGUCAGACAGUAUAUCUUGGGUUCUUGCCCAUUUCCAGUCUCUGGUAGCCGUAGCUCGCCCAGAAGCUCUAUUGCGCAGUUGUUGCGCGCCAUCAUGGACAGCCUGAGGCAUGUCAAUCAGAGCAGGGUCAACCUGCAUGGGGGGGGUCUUGUGAAUGUCUGCGUUUGCCUAGCGCUUUGCGUCCUGGUAGCGUCCCUUCAGGAGGGGUAUGGGUCAAGGCAGGAGUAGUGUGGGGUUGAACCUGCUUGAGUGCCUGUGUAAUGGAGUCCGAGAUGGUAGAGGACAUAGCGCCCAUGGCUGAUGAUAUGGCCUUGGAAAUAGAUUUGGACAUGGUGGUGUCCAGAAGGCAUUGGAAUUCUUCCGAGCCCAUAAGCCCAGGGUCAACCUGGGGUUCAGGAUCAGUAAUGGCCAUAGAGGGGCUAAGCUUGCCAGGGAAUUUAUCACCAGAUUGCAUGGUAGAUAAUUGAGUGCAGGGGGAGAAAAUAACAAAUAGGAAAACAACAAAGUGAAAGGCAGAGUACUAGGAUUGAUUAACCCAGGUACAGGAUGGGAAGGUACAGGGAGAUGGAGGGUAACUCCAAGGUAUAAGGUUAUAAAUAGACUGUACCUGUCUGGAGAGGUGAAAGGAUCGAAAUCCAGCGUGUGAGAGGAACAAAAUCCACGAUACACGGUUUAUAAAAUGGCCGCCGCCUUAACCGGCGACCAGAAACCCCCAAAAAAAUGGCCGCCGCGAGCUACCGCGCAUGCGCGUUGCUCGCGAGCGUCGAAACGAGAGUGAAAAGAAAUUGCCGCGCGGACGAAAGUAGGUACGAAACCCGGCAGAGUGUGACCGGGGAGGGAAAUAGCCAAUCCCAAAGGGUAAACUGAGGGUACCACGGUCACACAGCAAAAGAAGUGGGAAAAAGAAAAAGGGGGGAUAAACAAUAAAGAAUAUCCCAACAGCAGAGUAAAUAACAGAGAUAAAGCAAUACAAUAUAUAAUAUAGUAUAAUAUAAUCCCACCAGAGCACACUAUAGAUAUAAGAGGAGAGUGUACUUAUCUUCUGAGGGAGCAGCGAAGAAAGAGGAAGAAGCAUGGAGUGCUACACCUUAUAUACUAAGGGCGUGGAUACCUAUGAUAGCACUGUCAAUAUGCUAAUGUUAUUUGUUCUUUUUUCUCUCUUUUGCAUAUAUCUCUCUUCGCUGCUGAGGGAGAAUUAAAGAAAGAGAAGCAUAAUAGGAGCCUCCGUGUCUUUAAUAAAAUUAUAGGUUAACGUCAUCAAUUCACUUUAUUGUCUAUAACCUCCAACCUGUGAUGUAAUUGAAAAGCCUGCAAAGACACACUUUUUUACGUCAAGUAAUCAAGCUCGGCAUCACAUCAACUACGAAAUUACAGUACAGGCAUAUAUUUUUUUUAGACUACAAAAUUUUCUGAUGGGGGAUGUUACCAACAGAAAAUAAGGAUUAAUUAAACCUGGACUGUGAUAGGUUAGAGAAGUGUUACAUGAUAAAACAGCAGAACAUCGGAAAACUAUCGCCUGAUUGUAAUGUAGGCUUUUGUGCUCAGCUGAAUACUUAACAGGAAACAUAGGCAUUUUGUAACACGUCCCAUUAAUACACAAUGUGACUCACCUGUGUCUGAUCCAUUUACCAUAAUACACCCCCAAACACUGGUAUCUCACAAAAAUGGCAAAACCACCUGGAAAGAAUCGACAAGUCAGCUUGCAUGAAUCCACGAUAGGCUGUCUGCCAAUAAAGCAGUGGUGUCCCACUUUCGGGAUAGCAGAACAGGAAGCCUAAAUCGGGACUCUCCCACCGAAAUCGGGACUGUUGGGAGGCACGUCAUGUUUGUAAAUAUAGUUGAAUAUCCAUACUAUUAAAUUACAAUGAUAUUCCAUUUCUGUUAACAUUAUAAAAGUACACUUUAUAAUCAAAUUUUAUUCUCUUCUAGCUUCUUUCUAGUCAUGAACUACAUUGGAAUCAAUAUGGCCUCUCUGAAUUCCUGUAUAAACCCAGUGGCCCUCUACUUUGUCAGCAGGAAGUUCAAGAACUGCUUCCGGGUAGGGAUGGUUAACUUUACAAUACAGGAAGAUGUCUCUAAUGCAUAAAUAUGGAGCAUUUACUGUGAUUUUUUUUUAACUUAUUUUAUGUUUUAUUCCAAUUGUUUGUUUUGAUUUUUUAAAAGUAUAAAGAUUGCAAUUAUCAACAAACUCCAAGUUAAAGAAACACUCUAAACACAUAAAGCACUUCAGCUAGUUUCAUUUUUUUUUCUUCUCGUUUAUAGCUUUUAUUGGUGCAAUCGUGAAACAGUACAACACAGUAUGCAAAGCAACAUUACACUGAUUUGAAAUUUUACACUUGUCAAAUCGGUUAGCGUGUGUGUUGCAUAUACUAUAACCACGCUUUACUAUAACUUUUAUGACUAACUGGGGGGGUGGGGGGAGGGUACAGAAAGAAAGGGGGUGAAGGGGAAACCCUGGUCUCUUUCCACCAUCACUAGUUGAUACCAUCCUCUUGGCUGCGUUCUCUCACUUGGUUUGUUGAUUGUUGUCUUGCCUCAGCUGUACGGGUUUAGGUGUCCUAUUUGUAAAAUUCUCAUGUUAAGACCCUUAGCUAGCUAUCCAGCAUGCCCACUUCUUUUCAUAUUUAUCUAAGCAACCAUUGAUUUUGCUAGCCAUCUUUUCAUAUACGCUAAUCGUAUACAUUUUAUUUUGUUUCAUUUUUUUUUAAAGUAUUGAACAGAAAUUUCAAUAGAAAACAGUAAUUUUAUAAAUGAAUGCGGGCACAUCUCCCUGGCUGUCAAUCAAACAGCCAAGAAGAAUUACUAUUUCCUAGUGAGGCUCCAUGCACAUUUUCUUUUGGGGUAUAUUUACUAAGCUGUUUUUUAUUUUUAUGGACUGUUCAUUUAAUUUUGUUGUAUACCUGUUUUUGCAGUCCUGCCUCUGCUGCUGGUGUCACAGGCCAAAUAUUACCAUCACACCAAUGGAUGAAAAAGGUUCUGCUGGAAAAUGGAAAUCAAACGGCCAUGACUUAGUCCUGGACAGAAGCAGUUCACGCCUUACCAACAAGUACAGCUCUUCUUGAAGGUUGAAAAUGAGCCAUAGAACAGGCUUGAAAAAGGACACGACCUUGAUUCUAACCUUAUUUUAAUUGUACAAAGGUGUAGCAGCCAAUCAGAAUACUCCCCAAGUCUCCGGCAAUUACGUUUUAGGAAAUAUAUUCUCCUUUUAUCUUUGUACAAAAAGAGUACAAUUAGGGGAAGGUUUCCUUAGCUGCUGUAAAUAGAGAUAUCACACACACACUAUAAAGAAGGUUUCAACAGCCACUACAUUUAAAUCCCUUUUGGAACAUCACAAAUCUCUGUACCAGAACUUUUCCAUUGGUGUUUACAUAAAACUAAGCUCACCCAUGAUCUUUUUCUAACACUGCCACAAACCGUUGAUUGUAGAGUAUUUUUAUUUGCAUAUACAAGACACUGAGAAUAGGAAAACAAACAAAAAAGUGUUUGAGUGACUGGGUCACUACAUUAACCUUUAUUUGAAUCCUAGUUUCAAUUAUCAAUGUUCUUAAUAAGAUUUGAAGCACUUACUUUUGGCUUUUUAUAUACAAGAAUCUCAGAUGUUAUUUAUAGAUGUAUAAAUACUAUUGACUUGUCAUUUCAUGGAUACACAAAUAGUUUUGUGACUGUUGCCAGGUAGAAACCACAACUAUCAUAUUAAGAACUAAAACUAUUAAAAGGGAUUAAUUCAACAAAUGAUGUAAGUUUCAUGUGCAUCUUAACAAAACAUUAACACACGCACACAAAUAUACAUACGUAGACAAAUACACAAACAUACAUAUAUACACGCACUAUGUUAUUGAUGUAUAUUUUGUUUUAAAAAGAGUGCCUUUUUUCUAUUUUAACACAUUUCCACUUACGUGAAUGUUGUGCUUCGAAUACAAUGAUACAUGCUCAUUGAGUCCAGUAUCAUGUUAACAGUCAAGGACAACAGGAGCUCUGUGCUUUCCUCUGGAUUACAGACUAAAAAUGCCGUGUUGUGAUGUCAUAAUUGGCGUCCUAUGCCUCCAGCCCAGAGGAGGCAGAGCAACUUUGGAGUGUUCAUUAUACAAAAAAAAAAAAAAACUACUAGUAAACCAAGCUUGUGUCGGAUAUUGUAAAAUAUACCAUGUAAAUAUAUUGAACAAUCAAACAUUGGUACACAUUUAUUUACAUUUAAGCUUCAUUUGUUACUCUUUAAUAUAACUCUUUAUUUUUCUAGCAUUUAAAAAAAAAACAAAAAAAAACAUUUUGUGGUUGAGUUGUAAUAAAAUGUAAUGUAAUCAUUUCCUAACUCUAAGUAGCAAUCUAAAUGAAAAAAAACAAAAUAUUAUUUACAAACUGUACAUUAAUGGCAGCUAGCGUCUUUGAUGGCUCGUGGUUUUACUCCUUUCAGUUGCCAUACAUACCUGUUUCGAUUCUGAUCACCAGUUAACACACACCAAAGUUUUCAAGUUUUACAGGUGACUUAUCAGAUACAUUUACAUGACAGGUUAUGGGAUCAGAGCGAUGAUUCUUAUUAAAAUAUGCAUCUCAUAGGUCAGCAGUGAUGUUGAUACAGCCCUGCUGUAUUAUAAUAAAAUAUAGAUCACAAUAAGAGCUGGCCCAAGACUGCUUGCUACCUCGGUCCAAGGACAAAGUGCUCUUCCCCCAUGCAUCUAAUGCCUAACUAACCUGUAAACACUAUGACACUUAAACAUGAAUAACUACCCACAACGAUAUAAUUAGCCACAUACACUCAAACUGUCACAAAAUAUACACCAUCUCUCUUCUGCGCUGAUCGAUUUUGCGGGCUGUGACCAGGGCAACACAGCUUACCAUCCCCAGUCUGUUUUUAAUGAAAAUUACACCUUCAAUGACCAUAAAUUGCAUUUAGAUUUUCAAAAUACACAAAUGCAGCAGUCUAAUGCAAGCAUGUGAAAAAUAAAAGCUAUAGGACUUGCCCUGGUCAUCAUCACAAUUUCUAUUUUUGAAGGGUAAACGGAAAGUAGAACUAUAUUCAUAGAAAAAAGCCACAUCGUUUUAAAUUAAAGGAAAACAAUUAUUUGGCUCACUGGAAAAUAAUAUAAAGCAACCCGUGUACUUUCCAUUUGUAGAGUAUAAUCAGUAGACAAAAUGCUAUAAUUGAAGGAGAUCUAAUCAGCACAUUAACUUUGAAGCUGGGGCUCCUGUGCCCAUGACAGUAAACUAUGAUUUUUCUGUUGGAUUUAAAAGCCAUAAAGGGAAAAUUAUCCCAAGACUAUCGGCUGAUGCACAGAAAAACGGACAAGCGAAUGUCUCUUACUUCACUGUAUGUUGUUAGCCACAUAUACCAAUAAUUUUUGCCUUUCACAUUCUAUUGUAAAUAAAUUUUAAACAGAAUGACAUUUGUUAAUCAUUUUAUAAUGUAAAGAUGUAAUAAUAUUGUAAUAAACAUACUUACAUGAUGCCGAGAUCUUAUUUUACAGAGAAGGGCAACUGGGAAGAAAAGUAGCAUGCUAACCACUACAUUUCAAAAAUAUGUUAAUGGUUACAUAUAAAAAAAACAGUAUUUUAUAUUUAUUUUAUUUUCAGAACAAAAAAUGAUUUCUCUAUGCUCUGUGGGGAAACCACUCAAGUGUGAAUUGUCGGGAGUUCAUGGUCAAUUUAAAAUUUUGGGCCAAAAAAGCCAACCUGAACGCAUAGCUGAGUUGACAUUGGUUUUCAAUU